ACACGAUACACAUGAAACCCUAAUUCCGCCGUUUGUGAGCGAUUGUUCGCCGUACGUUCGACUUUUCUACGGCGGCCACUGUUAUAUUCUCUCUUCUCAGAGGUAGUGAAAGCAUUUUGAAGCCUAUUUAAACAUGAAGCGGAGUCACUCCCUGAUGUUGUCCGGGAUAGAACCAACAAAAUUGCCUGAAGAUGAUGAUAAAUGCCUGUAUGUGGUCUUUAUGUACACUACAGGACUGUACAGUCAUUCCUUGCAUAGGAUAAGUGUUGCUGACCUGAAAUUGAGCUCUAGGAGACAUAGACAUGGAGAGGGGAAGCCCAAAAAACUUCCAGAACCUAUUCUGAAGUUGUCCUAUCGUCGUUUUCCAGGAUUUAUGGGUUUUUUCUCUGUUGGGUCCAAAAUUUAUAUGGUUGGGGGUGGCGUAUGCUCCGCCGGUGUGAAGCCCAUAGCUUCUCGGAGAUGUUAUGUCUUUGACACCUGCGACAACCCGUUAAAUCUUCUUGAGGAUGGACCUGCUAUGCAUCAUGAGAAGUUGCAGCCUAUUGUGUUGGGUCCUUUAAAUGGUAAGUUUUAUGUCCUUGGCAGAACCCUUGCCUCUGGUGAUCUCGAGGAAUUUGACCCUAAAGCCAAGUGUUGGACUCGUCUUCCGCUCAUUCCCACUGAUCUUCAGGACCACAGUGUUGGUCCACGUUUUGGAUAUAAGCGUGAUGAGUACGAGGUUCGCUCCAAUGCCAUUGUUGGGAACAAAAUUCUUUUCACAACCCAUAAAGGCACAUAUGCGUUUGAUGUCGUCUCACGUAAAUGGGAGAGGCCGAGCUCAUUGGGUACGGUGGUUAAGUUACCCUUUUGUGAACAAUCAGUCUUUCUGGAUGGUUUAUGGUAUGCUUUCCUCAGCACAUGCCGAUCUAGUGUUUGGGCCUACAAUUUUGAUUGGGUCAAAGGAUUCCAAGAAUCUCAAGAACUUGGAGUUAGGCGUCCAUAUAGGCGUUUAAAGCAUUCAGCAUCAGAAAUUAUGGUGCCCAUGGGGGAAAGGACAUUAGUUGUUGUCCGUGCUGGUUUUUCUCACAGUUCUCGCAGAAAGUGUUACGUUACUUUUGACAUGUGUCAGUUUGCAUGCAAGAGUAGAGGAAAGCCUAAACAUCCCAAGGUUUCUGGACAAUACUCGACAAGCUACCGCAUGGAGAGUGGCCUGUAUGAGCUCCUGGGAUUAUCUGCCUGCCUUGUCACGUGAUCUCGAGGAAUUCGACCCUAAAACCGAGUCUUGGACUCGUCUUCCAUCCCCUCCCAUUUAUCCCAUUGGUGCAUGUUUUGAGGAGAAGCUUGAUGAUUACAAGGUCCUGUCCUAUGCCAUUGUUGAGGACCAAAUUCUUUUCUCAACCCGUAAAGGCAUAUAUGCUGUUAAUGUCUGCUCAAAAAAAUGGGAGCACCGGAGCUCAUUGGGUGGUGAGGUUGAGUUUCCCUUUCGUCGACAAUCAGUCUUUAUGGAUGGUUUUUGGUAUGCUUUCCCCUGCAUCUACCGAUCCCCUGUUAUGGCCUUCAGUUUUGAUUGGGACAAGGGGUUUCAAGAAUGUCAAGAUCUUGGAGUUAUGCUUCCCUCUUGGCUUGUAAAGUAUGAAGCUGCAAGAAUUAUGGUGCCCAUGGGGAAAAAUACAUUAAUUGUUGUCCACGCUGGUUUUCCUGAGGACACCACCAAAUAUUGUUACCUUACUUUGGACAUGUGUGAGUUUACAUGCAAGAGUAGUGGAGAGCCUAGACAUCCCAAGGUAGAAUCUCGACGGUACUCGAUAAAAUACACCAUGACGGGUGGCUUGUUUGAGCACCUGGGAUUAUCUGCCUGCCUU